AUGGCUCCCAACAGAGGCCGCAAUCGUCAGAGCGAGUUCGACGAAUUCGCUCAAAGUGGUGCUCAAGAAUUCGACCCCGAGCAUGAUGAGAUCCCAGACGACGAGGACGAGUCUGAUGUGUCGGCCGAGGAUGACGGAUUCGAUGGAAGAGAGCACUAUGUUGACGUAGGCAAGAGCAAGCUGCGCAAACCAAAAGAAGUCGCACUUGGUCCACAGUAUCGAGGGUCGAAGGUGGGAAGGCAAGAGCUGGACAGCAAUGAGGACAGUGAUGAUCCGUUUGACAAAGGAUUCGACGAGGACGAGAGUGACGAACAAGAUUUGGAAAAUGUUGAAGACAGUCACGAGAAUGAAGAUGGAACAGACGAUACGGACCUGAGCGAAGAAGAUGAGGAGGAAGAACAGCUUUCUGCCCCGUCGGUACAGGCGAAGAUCUCGGCGAAGGAUCGCGCAGAACUGAGGGAAGCACUGAAAGAUGGGACGCAAAAGGGUCUUGGGAAAUCACUUGCACAGGCGAACCGAGAAGAGGCUGAGAAGGGAAGGGCGGUAAAAAGGCAGCGAACAGCUUUUGACUCGCUCCUCAAUACGAGAAUGAAGCUGCAGAAGUCUCUGAUUGCGACAAAUACGAUGGUUGGAUACCCUUCAGACCGGAUCGAGAACGAGAGAGAGGAUGCUCAGCAGGCUUUGGAAGCAGCAGAAACUGCUGCGUUCAAUCUUUGGAGUUCUCUUAACUCUUUCCGAGAAGAUCUCCUGAGCGCCCGGACGGGGACGAAGCGGAAACGAAGUACCUUCACAAUCGACACGCCAACGAAUAAACUGUGGAACCAUGUCCAAUCGCAGGAAGCAGAAAGCCGUCCAACUCGAGAUUCCGUGCUCAAGAAAUGGUCACAAAAGGCUUCAGGAGCUACGCUUCAAUCAAGCAACCGCAUAAACCAAGCCGCGACACAGACCUCGAUCAUCGACUCCAUCAAAGAACAGCUCUCCAACACCGAUCAUCUCAUCAAACGCACCCAGGCCCCGCGCUCAUGCGCCCCCCUCCAGCUGUCAAAACGCAUUACCACCGACGAGAAAAUAUACGACGAUGCAGACUUUUACGGCCUACUCCUCAAAGAACUACUCGAGCAGAAGUCUGCAGACUCUGUGGCAGCAUCGAACAUCGACAUCGGCUUUCAAAUGCGACGAGAAGCGAAGACGAAGCGGAAUGUCGAUACGAAAGCCAGUAAGGGGCGGAAGCUGAGAUACACCGUGCACGAGAAGCUGCAGAAUUUUAUGGUGCCAGAGGACAGGACGAAUUGGGGCGAGAGGCAGGCGGAUGAUUUAUUCGGGAGUUUGUUCGGACAGAGACUCGGGUUGAAGGAGGAUGUCGAGAGUGAGGACGAGGAGAUGGAGGACGGCAUCGAUGGCGAGGAGGCAGGAUUGUUGAUGUUUAGGAGCUGA